AUGAAAGAGAUAAACAGUUAUGGAUUUAACAUGGCGGACGAUAUGCGUAAAGUGCGAGUUGAAGAAAGAUUGAAAAUAAAGAUCGGUGAAGCCAAAAAUUUGCCAGGGCGCAGCCAUGGGGCGGCCUGCCACCGUGAUAUUUACUGUGUGCUGUCGCUCGACCAAGAAGAAAUAUUUCGCACUUCCACCAUGGAGAGAACUCUCAAUCCAUUCUUUGGCGAGGAGUUCCAAUUCGAGGUGCCGCGACGAUUUCGAUAUCUUUCCAUAUACGUGUUCGAUCGUGACAAGCACCUUAAACAAGACAAAGUUCUCGGUAAAGUGGCGAUCAAAAGAGAAGAUUUGCACCGGUAUAACAAUAAAGACCAUUGGUUUGCGUUACGACCGGUCGACGCCGACUCUGAGGUACAAGGAAAGGCAUACAUUGAACUCACCCUUGAAGACUCCAGAAAAAGAUUACGAAUGGAACCGAAACCUCCCGACCCGGAUCCUACCGUUGACAACUGCUCGACAAAAACUAAAGGAAAUAACCUCGUAAGAUUAUCUGAAUAUUGUAAGGAGAGUAUGAGAUUUGGUUCUUGCUCGAGUUCUACUAGCAAGAAGCUUCUGAGUGCGGUAGCGACGGAGCCCUCUCUUUCGUUAUCGCGAUCGGAAAGUUUAAAGGAUCGGGCGCAAUGGGCAGCUCGCACGAAGCCUCCCAUGCAUGCGAUGCCUGAAUCUGAUGCGUCCCCCACCCCCACCGCCGCUGACUACUGGUCAGACCCCGAAAGGCAUUGCGCAGCGCGAGUAGGACAUGACACCCUACGACUACGAGUGCUGGAAUGCUCUGAGUUAACCACUAAGAACGGACAGUGUGACCCGUUUGCUCUCGUCACGUUGUUAUAUUCGAACGGACGAAGAGUUGAAAAACGUACGAAACCUAAAAAGAAGACUGUUAAUCCACAAUUUGAUGAAAUUUUUUGUUUUGAUCUCGUUAUGGACGCAGAUCCCAAAGAUAAAGAUGGCUCACAAACGGCGGGAGUGGCCUGCGAAGCCAGAGUAUCGGUGUGGCAUGAUGCUGCGACACCAAUAUUUCUGGGAGAAGUACGACUGCAACUGCGACAACCAUCACCGACGCCUUUACGUGCCUGGUUCUUCUUAACGUCUCGUGCGGGAGGAGCACUAUCCCGCGGCGCGACUCCGCCCGGCACGCGGCUGUCGGCCGCCGGCAGCGCCACGCUGGGCUCGCUGCGACUACUGCUACAGUACACUGUAGACCACGUCUUCCCGCUGCAGCACUACAGGACACUUGAAGAAUUGUUUCUACGGAGUGUUCAUCAGAAGCCCAUAACAGCGUCGGCAGUGUACAUAUUGGGGGAGAUAGUGUCGAGUAAGACGGACGCGGCGCAACCCCUCGUAAGGCUAUUCACUCAUCAUGAUCUCAUUGUACCCAUUGUCAAGGAGCUUGCAGAUGCUGAGAUAUCUGCGCUUACUGACGCAACAACGAUAUUUAGAGGCAACACCCUUGUCUCGAAGAUGAUGGACGAAGCGAUGCGGUUGAGCGGCGCGUCGUACUUGCGUGCGGUGUUACGGCCAACAUUGGCCGCAGUGUUGGCCGAGCGACGGCCAUGUGAGAUAGACCCCGCGCGGGUCAAACCCUCGGCCGCCGUCACUGCCAACCUCGCCAACUUGAAAGACUAUGUGGAACGGGUGUUUGCGGCGAUAACCUCGUCGUACGCGAUGUGUCCGUCGGCGAUGUGUCGUUUGUUCGACGCCCUGCGACAGUGCGCGGCGCGACACUUCCCACGGAACGCUGAGGUCCGGUACUCGGUGGUCUCAGGGUUCAUCUUCCUGAGGUUCUUCGCGCCUGCCAUACUUGGACCCAGGCUCUUUGAUCUCACUACCGAGCAAAUUGACCCACAAACAAACCGGACGUUGACAUUGAUCUCUAAGACGAUUCAGUCGCUGGGCAACCUGGUGAGCAGUCGGUCCGCGCAGCAAGUGUGCAAGGAGGAGUACAUGGCUGAACUCUACCGCAGCUUCUGCACGCCAAGACAUGUGCAAGCAAUAAAGCAGUUUCUCGAAAUAAUCUCCACAAGCACGGACACGCAGAACAACAACAUACAAGAAACGCCCGUGCUGCUCAAAGAAGGAACGAUGAUCAAGCGGUCGGAAGGAGUACGGACGGGAGCAGGCUCGCCUCGCCGUCGGUGGACUCGAGCCGCGCAUGCUUACGCUAAGCGAAGACAUUUCAGGCUCACCAGUGGCGAGUUGUCAUGGUCGCGCACAGGAGCUCGCGCGACUGCGCAGCGCCUGCCAUUGUCCGGGGUGCUGGCCGUCGCCGCCGUGGACUGCCCCACCGCUGGGGCUCCACUCGGCGCCAACAAUAUUUUCCAAAUAGUGCAUCGCGAGCGAGUACUGUUCGUGCAGGCCGCCAACUGCGUGGAGCGCGCGGAGUGGGUGCGGCUACUGAGCGCGCUGUGUCGCCACGAGCGCGCCGCCGCGCCGCACCGCGGGUACUACGCCGACUGCCACUGGACCUGCUGCGGCCGCCCCGACGCCGCCGCCGAGGGCUGCGCCGGGCCCGACCCCGAGCGCGAGCUCACCGCCAGCGGCGCGCGCGAGGUGCGGCGCGGCGGCGCGGCCCUGGCGCUGCGCCUCGACCCCGCGCGCGACCUGCAGCGCCUGCAUGCGCUCCUGGUGGCCCACGCGCACCGACUCGACGACCGGCUGCAUCGCCCGCAAGAGGGUACAAGCGUAGAAGAACGCGAAGCGGAAGCGGCCACGUUGCGCGAAUUACAGGAGACCAUGUUCGAUUUAGAACAUCGACAUCGCAUAUACCGACGGUCAUUAGCACGAGAAACAAAAUAUGGCAGCAAACAAGCUCCCAUCGGAGAUGAUAACUAUCUGCACCUAGCUGGAGCUGCGGGGGCCGUGGACGGGGGUCACUUCUUGUGGCGGCCGUGGCGCAGUGAGACCUCACCUACAGUCGACCUCGACGGCAAGACUCUACCACUGCAGAACUCGCUCGACAUAGGCUCCAGCACCGAGUCUCUCAAACUGGCGCGCCAUACAGACGAACGCUCCUCGGGAAAAUCCACUAAAUCCACAGGCAGCGGGUAUCUCACCAUGUCAUGUAUAAAGCAUGAACCCUCCGAAGACAGCGACGCAUCUGCCGAGAGGCCGGCGCGACCUCCGAAGCCCGCACGACUAUCCCCCGGACUGGCGAACCCCGCGCCCGGAACCGCGGCCUGCGAGUACGUGCACGUGGAGCCGCGCCCGCCGGAGCGACGGGCGCGCGCUGAGCCCGACCCCGCCGACUGUGACGUCACGUACCGCUGCAAGGAGUACGAGCUGAUGGCGGACUUUAUGAGCCACGCGCGGGACGACAGUCCCCCCGCCGUGCCCCCGCGCGGGCACACGUCCCGCGCGCGCCCCCCGCCGCGCCCCGCCGAGCCUGACACUGCGUCGCGCGCCGCCGACCAGCAUAGCCUGCCGUCCGACGACUGCUGCCGGACCGACGCUGUCUCCACGGACGAUAGCCUACUCGACGAAUUACAACGGGACGCAUACUGCGUACUCAAAGUGUGCGAGGAUGAGCCACCCACACCCGAAACUCCCGUGGAAUCCACACCAACUGAAGAGAAGCGUGACGUAGGGCCAUUUUCUCGAGUUUGCGCUCAACGAAAAUCUAACCCAAUAAAAAGUCAAGCUACUUCAACGCGACCACUGAAAACCUCUAGCUCGACGUCUAAUGUCCACGACGCAGGUUCUACGUCGUCGCGUCCGCUAGCCGAACGCCUGACGCCCUUCUUUCUGAAGAGAAAGUCAAAACCACCAGAGGAGACGCAGACGGCGCCUCGACCUACGCGUAAGGAGGAAAAUCUCAUUGGACGGCUGACACCCCGCUUCGGCCAGUCCAGACUAUACGGGCGGGGACAGUCGCUGGAACUGGCGCCGCCGGACGGACGGACGAAACGCAUCGAACGCUCGGCGACGACCGUCAACAUCCCAACUCGACCGAUAAAUUCUUCGAUCGUGGCCAACCUUAAGUUCCUGAGCCUACACCGGUACGGCGCACAGGAGGACGUGCAGUGCCGCGCGUUCGGUCGCACGGAGCCGGAGCCGGCGACGGAGGCGGGCGUCGCGGGCGCGGCCGCACCCGCGACGCCGGCCGACGCGCACGACGCGGCCUGGCGGCGCACGUCGCUGCUGGCGGCCGCCUCCAACGAUAUUAGACUGUAG